AUGUCUCCUUUCCAGGCAUUGUAUGGCUAUUUACCUCCACAUUUGUCCUUCCUAUCUAAUGAUACUACUUCUGUUGCUGCUGUUGAGACUUACUUGAAAACAAGGGACUAUAUGAUUGACAUUAUCGAAGAAUCUCUACAGCAAGCUCAAGAUAGAAUGAAACUUUAUGCAGAUUCCACAAGAGUUGAAAGAUCAUUUGCAGAAGGCGAUUUGUUCUAUAUCGAUCUCCAACCUUACAGGCAAGCAUCACUGUACUUGAGAAAGAAUUUCAAGCUGUCAGCUAAAUACUAUGGAUCCUUCAAAGUUCUGCAAAAGAUUGGUGCAGUGGUCUACAACUUCAGCUGCCAUCUGAUGAGUGCCAAAUAUUUAUCAGUUCAUGUUAGUUUACUGUUAGUAUCAGUUCAUCUCACUGUUGAUGUGUUAUUAGUAUAA